AUGAGUAUGGUAAUUUGUUUAUGCAUAUCUUCUAAAAUAGAUGAUGAGACUUCGGGCCUGAAUAUAUCGCCUGCUUCAAGCUGUUCUGCUAAUACACCAGCAAGUAUUCAAUCUAUGAACAACGAUCAAUUAACAAUGCUCCAAGACGAGUUAUUUGACAAUUGUGUAUUUUAUUACCACAGGAUUCUGGUUAUAAGUGACGGUAUUGAAACGAUUCAAGCAAUCAUUUUAUUAAUUAUUUACAUCGAGUCUAGUUACAUAAUAUCUCAUGUGAGUUAUAUGCUUGUUUCUAUUGCUAUUAGGUUUGCACAAGAGAUUGGAUUACAUCGACAAGAAUCGUACGCUGAUUUAUCAACCGCGGAAGCUAGAACUAGACAAAUGAUAUGGUGGUGCUGCUACUGUUUUGACAUGGAAAUUUGCUUCAGAAGUGGAAAACCCCCUCUUAUAAAUGGAUUGGAUACUAAUAUUGAUUCAUUGGAUGCCAUCUCUUUUCAUUCUGGUGCGGAAAUCAACAAUGCUAGUAAUGAUCAAAAAGAAAAUUUGAUGGCUACUUUUCAUUAUUAUUCCUUGUUGUUGACAAGAAUUAGAUCUAAGUGUUACAACACUCUUUUUGUUGCCUCAGCCCAAACAGAAUCGUUUGAUAGUUUACUGGCAACUUUGGAAACACAUAACAUGGAAGCAUUUAAAUUAGCUGAUCUGAUGGAUGCGUCAUUGAGACCAAGAUUCUAUAAUGACCCAGAAUUUAGUAACGUAUACACUUCAUUAGAUGUGUCAAAUGCAAAAAAUAUUUUAUGUAUUCAUUUUACAUACUUUUCGCAUUUGAUGGUUAUAAACAGAAUUCCAUUUUUGACUGGCAUGCCAGAUAAUAAUCAAAAUGAUGAAAGAGGUCUUUCAUUUAGGAAUCUAUUUCUUGAUAGUGCUAGAACAAUUCUUGUCAUAGCUAAGAAUAUGCCACGUGAAAAUACCGGUCUUUCAUUUUAUAACUGGGUUGUAUUCUUUCCCUCUACUGCAUUUAUGAGUUUACUGGCAGCUUGUAUCAACCACCCUACAGCACCGGGGACGUAUAAUGAUAUCAAACUUUUGGCGGACAUUUCCAUGAAUUUUUUUUCGCAUAAGAAGACGUGGCCUGUUGAAGGAUUUAGUAGGUUUAAAGUAUACCAAUCUAAAGAUGCGUUGGUUGAUUUAAUUAUUAAAGUAUUACUAAGAAUUGUAAUCGGAGUUUUUGAGACCAAGACGGGAGUCCUGAUAUUGGCGGAUGAUGCUGCGUUGAGAAAUCACUUGGAAGGUACACAAAAACAGUUCCCUGAUAUAUUCAAAGAGAACGGAGAUUUUGUUUCACAAUCGUUCUCGCAAUUUAGUUCCACUUUCGGAACCCAAGGGUUUGUAAGGGUAUGCGGAACUUCUCCUUUCUCGUCAAAUAAAAAAUUCAACAACAGCCAUAAUGCUGCUCCUUAUAAUGGGGGUAAACCCAUUGAUGCCCAAAGUUUAUACGGAAGAGAACAAAGAAAUAGUGAAAGUUACGGACGUACAAACAUGAGCCCAAAUUCGCCAAACAUUUUAAAUCCAAUCGGUAAUACAAAUGAUUUUUUCACGAGUGAUGACUUAAUUUCAGAUUAUCUUAAUGAUGAUGGUAUUACAUCAAUUAUUUAUUCUCAGUUGAACAAUCUUCCUAAUUUUUUCUUUGAUAACAAUUUGGGUCUUUAA